GAACAGACAAUUAGUAGAAGUUGAAGAAAUUAAGCAAGCCACCUACACCAGUAUAUCAAUCUAUCUAUCUAUCUAUCUAUAUUAAGCCACUUUAGAUUUUUUCUAUAAGCGAAGGACAUGGUGAUGAUCACCAGCUUCUUCCGCCACAAGUUGCUUUUUAAUUAAUUAAAAAAGAGAUUGUUUGUUUUUGAUUGCUGUUUUUGUGGGGAAAAAAAAGAGAAGAAGAAGAAGAAGAAGAAGAAGAAGAAUAAAGAAUAUAUGGAGGAAAGGAAGCUUUCCUGGUACGAUCAGAGCUCCAACUUUGCAAAUCUGCUGCAGAAUCAGAGGAUGUACACUGGAGCACACUUUCCUGUUUCUGCAACAAAUCAAGUCGAGUCAGCUGCCUCAUGGUCGGGGACGAUGAGGCGGCCGCUGUUCAAGCCCGUGGAGUUGGACGACAACAUCGGCCGGGACGAUGACGACUCAGAUGACUCCUCCCUUCGCCUGCACAACGAAAGCAAGCGGCGGCUGACGGCGGAUCAGGUUCGAUUUCUCGAGAACAGCUUCGAGCUGGACAACAAACUCGAGCCCCAGAGGAAAGCUCGGCUCGCAAAGGCUCUCCGACUGAAGCCGAGGCAGAUCGCGAUAUGGUUCCAGAACCGCCGCGCGCGGUGGAAGACGAAGCAGUUGGAGAAGGACUACGAGGCCUUGAGAUCCAUCUACGAGACUCUCAAGGUCGAUCGCGACUGCCUGAUCAAGGAAAAGGAAGACCUGGAAACAGAGGUUCUUUCACUCACCAAAAAGCUCCUCCUAAAGGAGAGGGCGAGCAACAGCAGUGCCACCAUAUUGGACUCUGAGAUCAGCACUCCUUGCGUUGAUGAAGAGGGAUAUAACUCCAUGCUGAUGGAGCUCACUGGUUCAUCGAAUGCCUUCGGGCUCGACGAUAUUGACAAUUACAACUCCGAUCAUCGGUCGUCGCAGAUCGGUGAGGUCGAUGAUCAUGCUGGUGGCUACGACUUGAGUCUUGAGGAUGACUCUUGUGGCUAUGGACUGCUUUGGUCAUAGCAAUUGAACUAAUAUAGUUCUUUAGAUAUCUAGCUUCUAUAUAUGGUCUGAACUUGAUUCUGAGCUCAAUAUAUAAUAUUCUUACGUUUAUAGUUU